AGCACAAAGCUGAAAUAGAAAAAUUGAAAGCCAAACUCCAAUCACAAAAAGUGCAGAAAAUACAGACACCAGUUCCACAAACCGUUGAACCGGUUAGACAGCCAAGAGGCCCCCCAUCAAAUUUAAAAACAGAAGAAGAUUAUAAAAAUUAUUAUGUAGCGAAAUACUUUAACGAUUUAGGAAUAUAUAGUAAAGACGAUUUAGAUUCAAAUUAUCCUGAAAAACCUUUUCAAAGACCUCGUACACAGCAAAAAGUUAACUCUGCUAGAUUAGAGGAGAAAGUAGAUGAAAUUGGGAAUAUGUUAUCUCAUUUUAAUAUAAACAAUCAAUUCCAAAAACCAGUAGCCAAAACAAAUCGAACACAACGAUAUUAUCCCUUUCAACCAAUAAAUUCUAGCAUUUUAGCUAAUGAGAAAGUUGAUAAGUCUCCAGAAAAAGGUAAAUCUCAAGGUGAUAUAAUUCCCAGAACCUAUGAUCAGUUAUUACCCUCAUUAUCACCAGCAAUGCAAAGAAUAUGCAAAUUUUUGUUUACUGCUAAGAAAUCAGAAAUGAAUUGUCCUAUGGAUAGCGAGAAAACAAACGAAUG